AGGGAACCCACCACACACACAGCACAUGGUGAACCCAACAUGUGUACAUCCAAUGAGCAGGGAACACACCACCCACACAACACACAAUGAACACAACCUAUGUACACAUCUUCCGGCCUCACAACAGUCUGCGCAUUUUAGCACGCGUCCUUGCAGCGGGCCCCUCACACGGGGUAACCCCGGGCGGCGGACCGUCAGGUGGCAACUGUCCGUCUCGGAGUGAGUCCUCAUCCAACGCCGCGUGACCCUUGGCAUCCUCCGGAGGGGUGAUUGGGCGUGAGCCCGUCACUCCUGAUGCACCUGGAGGUGGCACAGCCGGCAAGGCAUUAGGUGAGAGCGACGGAGACGGACCCAGUGAGUCGGUCGACCCCCCACAUGUUUGGCCAUGCGUGUGUGAAGUGGGGAUAUGUACCGCAACGAAGGGUUUUAAUCUAGAGGGGUGCACGAACCACCGCCGCUUCCCCCAUUUGAUGCGCACGCACUGCGGUCGCAAAACCUCGACCACCUCCACAGGGCCCCGCAACAGCCGCACCAGCUUAGAGGAGGUUGCUAGUGGCACCUGGGGACAGUGCAGCCAUGCCUUGUCCCCCGGCUUCCACUGCAGCAUGUGCGCCCGACCCAGUCUGAGCCGCUCAUUCGCUUUCUGACGGAGGUCAGAGUUUUGCAUGGCAGCAUCCCGUGCCUCUGUUAAUUUGGCCAGAUUAAAUUUUACAUGGUCAGCCAAUUUAGUUUUACCCUGCGGCGCGGGGAUCUGCAGCUGGGCACGAACGGGUGGGUCAGGUUCGCGGCCGUACAUGAGGUAGAAGGGUGAAAAUCCCGUAGCUGCAUGGGGUGCCAUCCGGUACGCCGCCAAGACCCCUUGAAUUUGCAGGUCCCAAUCGGUCUGUGAGUCCGAAACCUGCUGUGACAACAUUGACGUGAUGGUGCGAUGCAGACGCUCGACCAUCCCGUCAGUUUGCGGGUGAUACGGGGAGGUACGAAUUUUCUUCGUGCCCAGGAGCUCACAGACUUGUUUGAGUAGUUUACCGGAAAAAUUUCUGCCCUGGUCGGUCAGCAGCCGCUCCGGAGCACCUUUGUCCAGGACGUAUCCCUGAACAAAGGCCUCCACGAUGGCUGCUGCCGACUGGUUGGCAAGGGGCCAGGCCAUAGGCCAGCGUGUAAAAUACUCCACACCAGUCAACAAAUAUCUAUUGCCCCUGGGGGUGGCGGGGAAUGGGCCCAAAAUAUCCAGCGCGACAAGCUCGUUUAUUCUGGACACUUUGAUUCAUUGCAAGGGUGGGUUAGACUCCCGUGCCGGCGGUUUUUGUUGCGCACACCGAGGGCAUGACCCCAAUAUAUCCCCGACAUCCCUCGUCAUGCCAGGCCAAAAAAAAUCAAGUUGUAGCAAGGCGAGGGUCUUUUGGGUCCCCAGGUGUAGGAGGCGCUUAUGAGCGGCCCACACCACCUUGCCCCGCAACCCAGAAGGGACCACCAGCCGGUGUCGAUGGGAUUUCCCGUCCCAAUGCAUCAGCAGACCUUGCACCAUUUCCCAUGCGUCGGAAUCACCCCUCCCCCGCCCAGCACAGCCGACACGACGACGCCACCCGAGGAGGGAGGUAUCCUCCAUCUGGAGGCGCCCCCAUUCAGUGACGGGCAACCCCAACAGGGAAUCUUUUCCCUGUUGUUCGAUCGAAUUAGUAAUCAAUGUUUCGUUGUCGGCGGCGGCCGCCAAGACCGGAACCGAUAUGUCCCCUGGAGGCCUGCAACGUCCAGACCCCAGGAGGCAUGCACAUUCGGAGGUGGUUGGCAUGCGCGACAGAGCGUCCGCAUUGGUGUGGUGAACGCCCUUACGGUAGGUGGUUUCAAAAUCAAAGUCCUGGAGAAUCUCCAACCAUCGAGACAAUUGUCCCGAUGGUUGUUGAACUCGCAGGGCGUACUGUAGUGCCGCAUGAUCUGUGCGGACGGUGAAAUGCCGACCGUACAGAUAUGGGCGAUACUGUUGGAUGAAAUAGACAAUUGCCAACAGUUCCCGACGGGUGACACAAUAUCUUUGCUCCGCAGGAGACAACACCCGACUACCGUACGCGACCACCCGUUCCACGCCGUCAACCACCUGGGAAAGCACGCCCCCAAUACCCGUGUUGCUCGCAUCGGUGUCGAGCAAAAAGGGCUUAGAAAAAUCGGGGUAAACCAAGGGAGGAGCUUUUACGAGAGCGUCCCAAAGGGAGCGGAAAGCAGCCUCCUCCUCCUGUCCCCAGUGGAACUGAACCCCUUUUGACGUUAAAGCGUGUAGGGGUUUCGCAAUCGUCGCAAAAUCCGCGACAAACCGUCGGUAAUACGACGCGAAGCCAAUGAAACUCCUAACCUCUUCCACCGAAGUGGGAGUCGGCCAGGAGCUGACGCACUGCGUUUUGGCGGGAUCGGUAGCAAUACCUGAGCGUCCCACGAUGUGUCCCAAAUAACGCACCGAUUCGCGUAACAGAUGACAUUUUUGGGGUUUGAAUUUCAAAUUAGCAGCCCGCAUCUUUAGGAAAACCGCCCGCAACCUCUGGAGAUGUUCGUCAAAUGUUUUACUAAAGACGAUAACGUCAUCCAAAUAAAUCAAGCACGAGUCCCAUUGCAAUCCAGCCAAAACCAAUUCCAUCAAACGCUGGAAAGUUGCCGGCGCUGAGUGGAGUCCCAUCGGCAACCGGUUGAAUUGGAAGAGGCCGUGCGGUGUACGGAAAGCAGUUUUAGGCUUAGAAUCAUCAUCCAGAGGAAGCUGCCAGAAUCCCGAAAGUAAAUCCAAUGUGGAGAAGAAUCGCGCUCCCGCCAAGGCGUCAAGCGAUUCGUCCAUCCGUGGGAGCGGGUAUGCGUCGGCAACCGAAAUUUUGUUAAGGCGCCGAAAAUCAACGCAAAACCGCAACGAGCCGUCCUGUUUCUUAACUAGGACGAUCGGCGCUCCCCAAGGGCUGGUGGAAGGAGAAAUGAUGUCGGCGGCUAACAUGUCAUCAACAGCCGAUUUGACAUGGUCCUUUUCAGCGGGACUUAACCGAAAAGGAUUCUGGUGUAUUGGCGCGCUGUCACCCGUAUCAAUAUGGUGACGCAGCAGAUGAGUGCAGCCCAAAUCGUAUUUGUCCCGACUGAAAACGUCGGAAAAUUCCCGCAGUAAUGUUUUAAGUUGUUGACGCUCUGAAUUUGACAGGUCCGUCGAUCCCGCACAAAGCGCCUCGAGCCACCCUUCAUCGCUGUCCGAAUGUGGUCGCGGCGCAGGGACAGCGCUGACGUGAUUCGCGACGGGUUCCUCACAGGGCACCGGCGUUGCGUGAGCAAGCACGGUCCCCUGUGGGACCACCACCGUCUGCGAGCCCACAUUGAGGACCGCGAUGAAGGGGUCUCCGUCCCCUCUUACUAUGGUCUGGGCCGGAAGUAAAUGAGGUCCACUAACCCCGGCCCUAGAAGGCCCCAGCAGAACCCCUUGGGCCCCAAUGCCCUUAGCGAAGGGCCGCCGAAGUUUCAAAGGAAUCAACAUUUGUGCCCCCGGAGGAACGCGCACCGUUCUAUCUACGAACGCCGGCACCGUCGCGAACGCCGUCCGACUCGUAACGGGGGAUGGCAGAAACGCCAUGCGUCGGCCCGACGGGAGCUCAAUGCAUCCCUGGUCAAUUAAUAUCCUAAUCGGCAUUUUGGCCAGGAAGUCCGUCCCCAGCAGGCACGGAACCGCCAGCGAGGAGGAAACAAAAAUCGGCCCAGACAAUUUAAUAUCCCCGAUACAAAUUUGGGCUCGAAUUUGUCCAAUGAUGCCAAGUGAGCCUCCAUUAGCAGCAUAGAAUGGCACGUUAACGGGCAUCAAAGGACGGCUCUGGACAGGGAGAAUAUUGUAAAUUAACUCCGAAAUAAUGGUCGCCGAUGCUCCCGUAUCGACCAGGAUGCGCACCUCAACCCCGUCGAUGUGCCCCACAACGGCAGACGACCCCGACGAUGCGGCUAGAACGUGAUGGGCCAACACGGACCACUGGCCGGGUUCGAUAUGAGUACCCAGAGUGGUGCGUGUUGGUGCGAUGGUGCGCGAUAUCGGCCCCCCAUUCGCUGCGGUGUUUGAGUGUGUGACGGGCGUGUGCGUGGGCCAAACAUGAGAGGUGCCGCGACUCGCCGGGUUAUGAUGGUGGAGCUUGUGACGAGGGCCGGCGUCCCGUUGAGGUGUCGUCCCGCGCUGCCGAGGAGAGCGGCACCCCGAGGCGACAUGGCCCCGGAUGCCGCAGUUGUAACAGCGCGGGAGCGCUGGCGACGACGAUGGAUGGUCGAGAUGGCUUGAACCGCCCCGGUCCGCCCGUACUCCUGCUCCCUGCUGCCGUUGAUGGUCGAUGGCGCAAAUCUCUUCCGCCGGGAGGGCAGCUGCAGCCACGGCACGCCCGCUCGCCGCCUUGCUGGCCUUCCGUCGUUGUGAGCACAGGUUUGCGUGGAGGAGUCGGGCCGCUUGGAGGGAGCACAUCUCCGCGUCGUCCUGUGCGACGAUGACGAUAUCUAAGUCGUCCGCCAGCAGGAGUAUCUUCUCCGUAACCAUGGCGUCGACACCUUCGUUGUCCAUCCGUGGAAAGGCCGCCUUUGCCAGUGCCAGGAGGCUUAUGCGGUACGCCAGGGGCGACUCCUUUGCCCCCCGCUGGCGAUCGUAAAAGAGUUGCCGACAGUCCGACGGCGGACCGUAUACUGCAGACAGCACUUGCAUCGCCUUCUGCAGCGUGGAGCGCCUCUCCUUCGGUGCCGAUGUUAGAGUGGCGAGGGCGUCGCUGUCGAGGAGUGCCGGCAGCGCGCGGAGAGCCUCGGCGUCCGUCCACUGCGCCAUCUCCUGGUGAGCGAGGAAGCGCCGCUGGAAGCCGCCCCAGUUGCCUUCCUCGCCCACAAAUUCUUUGAGUGGAGGUAGGCGCUGAUGUAAGGCAGCUGCUGCCGCGGAAGAUCGCACUCCCUCGUCCCCCUCACCCGGCUCUGCCUCGGCGCGAACAACCGAUGGCAUCGCCGGUCGCACCCGUGGUGACGUUCCGUCCGUUGGCGAUGACGCGGCAGGUACUGUACUCCCGCCGUUGGACGCGAUGCUCAGACCGGCCACGCCCUCAACAGCAGCUGCGGCGAUGGCGGGAUUUUCAAAGCGGUGCUCCGUCGAAAUGGCGGGAAGGCGCUGAGGUGGUUGGCUGCCGUCGCUCCGUGGCGGUCCAGCAGCCCCCAGCUGUGUGAUGCGGUCCAGCAUGGCGGCAGCGGCGUACAGCAGCUCCGCCAGCUCAGCGUGCGCCCGCCUCAGGCCCUCUGUCGACGGCUCCCCAUUCUCCUGUUGCCGCGGUGUGGACGCCUCGGGCCCCGACUGCUCUGUGCUUUCUUCAGGCGUCCCGGGCUCCCCGACUGCAACGGUGUCCUCCCCCUCCGGUACCCUAACUCGAGCUGUCCGGCGCGUGUCCAUGUUCGUAGAUUUUUACUUCUGACACCAGAUGUAGUAGUGUUCACGACUCUUGGACGCCGGAGUUGGAGGCACACGGGUUUAUUACACACAGCACGGUUGUGACAUACAACACUAGAGGGGGUGUCGGCCCCCUCACCCGGCUAGCUGGGGAUACACGCGCUAGCUACUUCUAGCCUGCCUCCUAGUCCUCCUCUAACGGGCUAGGGGAGGCUGUCUUGCCCGACACUGGUAAGUCGGGCCCGGUACCCUGAGUCCCAGACCAGCUCUGACAAGAGCACCGGCUCUGGACCUCGGGACCACGCCGCUGGCUCGGUCCUGUUCGGCCCUGAUAAGGACGGCGAACCAGGGGAGUCCAGGGCUCUAGCUAAGACGUCUUCAGUCUUCACUGGUUAGCUUAACAUGACUCCCGAGCCCUUUGAUACAUCCCCUUUUAUACCCGACCCCCCGCUGAGGGGUGGGGCCCCGGGGGAUCAUAACUACGAAUCAGCCCCCCAGGGUGCCUGGCGCGGACGUCGUAGAGAGCAUCUCCCCGUGCACUCACGUAGUCCCGCCUACUGUGUUUGUUUGCCAUAAGCUGCCAUGCAUAACGGGCUCUCUCUCUAACACCCCUACACUAUGUUAGCUAAUUUUUCUUAAAUAAAUAUUCCUGUCGUAGCUAGACAACCAAAAUUGUGUGCUUGGAGUUUUUAGUAAACAUUAAUUUUGAAGACACUAGGGCAGGGGUCCUCAAACUACGGCCCGCGGGCCACAUGCGGCCCGCCGAGGACAUUUAUCCGGCCCGCCGGGUGUUUUUGCCGCCGCUGCCUGUCUGUUACUUUUUUCUGCAUGAGAAGGACGGUCAUUGGUGGAAGAGGGAGAGGGGGCAGAGUACCCCCCAAUCAGACUGCAUUGAUGGGCAGUGCAGUCUGUAUGUCUCUGUGUGGGCAAAGUUAUUGCUGGUAUAUUGUUUUUGUAGCGCUGUAUAUAUAUUGGUAUUUUACUAAUAUCAAUUUUGACUCCCUAGGAAACAAUGAUGUCAAGAAAGAGAAAAAUUUACUCGGAGUGUAGGAUAGUCAAAGAACAGUGGACUUAUGAUUACUUUUUCAUGCAGUACAAGGAAAGAGCUGUGUGUCUGAUAUGCCAGAAUAUAGUGUAUGUGUUCAAAGAAUACAAUUUACGUCGACACUAUGAAACUUAAAACUGAAAAAUACAUUAACAACUCAGCAAAAUACUUUUGUGAAGCAGAAGCAGCUAAAUAUUUCAUCACUGCGAGCAAGUUUUCAAGUUGCCAAGCUAAUAGCGUGCACUGGCAGACCAUUCGUGGAGGGAGAAUUUGUUAAAGAAUUCCUUCUUUCUGUUGCCAAAGAGAUGUGUCCAGAGAAGGCCGAUUUAUUUAGUACAGUGAGUCUUUCAGGACCUACAAUUACACGGAGGAUUGAAGAAAUGGGAGACAAUUUGCAUCAGCAUUUGCAAAACUCCACAAAAAAACUUUCCUAUUUUUCCUUGGCACUCGACGAAAGCAAUGAUGUUCGUGAUUCUGCACAACUUCUAAUUUUUAUUCGUGGGACGAAUGACUAUUUCGAAGUCACAGAAGAGCUUGCUGCACUGCAAAGUAUCAAAGGAACAACUACAGGAGAGGAUAUCUAUGAAAAGGUUUGCCAAACUGUGAAUGGUUUGGAGCUGAACUGGGCUAAACUAGCCAGUGUGACAACUGAUGGUGCUCCUAGCAUGGUGGGGUCUAAGAAAGGAGUAAUUGCUCGCAUUAACCAAGAGAUGGACAAACAUAACCAUUCUCAUCCAAUAGCCAUACACUGCCUCAUCCACCAACAAGCGCUGUGUAGUAAAUCACUGAAGUGGGACUCUGUUAUGAAAAUUGUGGUAUCUUGUGUUAACUUCAUUAGAGCUCAUGCACUAAACCACAGACAAUUUCAGGAAUUUCUGUCUGAGCUAAAUGUUGACUAUGAAGAUGUUCUGUACCACACAGAAGUCCGUUGGCUGAGUCGAGGGAGAGUUUUGAAACGUUUCAAUGACUUACUUCCACAGAUUACAGCUUUUCUGCUUUCAAAAAACAAAGAAGUACCAGAGCUCAAUGAUGCAGAAUGGAAAUGGCACCUUGCCUUUCUGACAGAUGUAACAGAGCUACUCAACAGUUUCAAUGUGCAACUUCAAGGAAAGGGGAAGCUCAUCUGUGAUAUGCAAUCACAUGUCAAAGCAUUUGAAGUAAAAUAAGGCCUCCUCAUCAAACAAGUAAAGGAGGAAAACUUCUGCCAUCUCCCCACAACUCAAAAUCUGUUAGCAGAAAAACCAUUGGUUGCAUUCCCAAACAAAACAUGUGUGGAUUCAUUGGAAAAAUUGCAAAAGGCGUUCCAAUUUCGAUUUAAAGAGCUUCAUCUCCAUGAACAGGACAUACAGCUUUUCCGUAACCCAUUUUCUAUUGACAUUGAAAAUGUGAAUACAAUUUACCAAAUGGAACUGGCUGAACUGCAGAAUUGUGACUCUCUGAAAGACGCAUUCAAGUCAAGCAGCCUUCAUAAUUUCUAUGCAUCUCUCCCCUCUGAGACAUAUCCUCAUCUCAGGAACCAUGCACUCAAAAUGGCAACCAUCUUUGGCAGCACUUAUGUCUGUGAACAGACUUGUACCAGAAUGAAACAUUUGAAAUCUCCAACCAGAUCUAGACUAACGGAUACACACUUGCAUCACUUGUUACGACUUGCAGUGACAAAUAUGGAACCGGACAUUGACCAUCUCAUUAGCCAAAAGCAGGCCCAUAGUUCCCAUUGAAAUACUGGCAAGUUUGUUGAUUUAACUUUACUUGUUCUUCAUUUUAAAUAUUGUAUUUGUUCCCGUUUUGUUUCUUCACUUCAAAAUAAGAUAUAUGCAGUGUGCAUAGGAAUUUGUUCAUAGUUUUUUUUAACUAUAGUCCGGCCCUCCAACGGUCUGAGGGACAGUGAACUGGCCCCCUGUUUAAAAAGUUUGAGGACCCCUGCACUAGGGUGUCCAGGCAUAUUUAUGACCAUUUGCCCUCGCAUUGUGUGCCUUGACAGCCCUUUGUGAUGAAUUGGGGAAUCUCUUUCACUAUAUCAUGAAAAUAUGAAUAUUUAUAGAUGUGUAAGUCAUGUGUGACUGUGUAUAUAUGCAUUCCUCUGUGCCUCAAUACUCACAUAGAUGGUGUGGACAUGCUUUUCUGUUUGCAGCUGACGCUCUCUGCAGAAUUGGCCUGAUGGAGCAAAGGCACUCAGCGCAGUUCAGUACAAGAAGGAAACAAUGCGACCAGCAUGCAAACAGCACGGAUCGUACUGGAAACUUGACACAGCACCAGAGAACACACACAGGAGAGAAACCCUUAGAGUGCUGUGUGUGUGGGAAGGCAUUUUCAGAUUCAUCUACUCUUAAACAACACCACAGAACACACACAGGAGAUAAACCUUUUAAGUGCAUUCUGUGUGGGAAGGCGUUUGCAAAGUCAUCAAAUGUUAAGACCCACCGGAGAACACACACAGGAGAGAAACCUUUUAAGUGCAGUGUGUGUAAAAAGGUGUUUGCACGGUCAUCCAUUCUUAAAUCACACCAGAGAACACACACAGGAGAGAAACCUUUUAAGUGCACUCUGUGUGGGAAGGCGUUUGCAAUGUCAUCAAAUCUUAAGAUCCACCAGACAACACACACAGGAGAGAAACCUUUUAAGUGCACUCUGUGUGGGAAGGCGUUUGCAAAGUCAUCAAAUCUUCAAACCCACCAGAGAACACACACAGGAGAUAAGCCCUUCAAGUGCAGUGUGUGUGGGAAGGCAUUUUUUGAUUCAUCUACUUUUAAACAACACCAGAGAACACACACAGGAAAGAAACCUUUCAAGUGCACUGUGUGUGAGAAGGCGUUUGCACGGUCACCAUAUCUUCAAAGACACCAGAGAACACACACAGGAGAGAAACCUUUCAAGUGCACUGUGUGUGAUAAGGCGUUUUCACAGUCAUCACAUCUUCAAAGACACCAGAGAACACACACAGGAGAGAAACCCUUCAAGUGCACUGUGUGUGAGAAGGCAUUUUCAUGGUCGUCAUAUCUUCAGACCCACCAAAGAACACACACAGGAGAGAAACCUUUUAAGUGCAGUGUGUGUGGGAAGGCGUUUGCAAAGUCAUCAAUUCUUAAAUCACACCAGAGAACACACACAGGAGAGAAACCUUUCAAGUGCACUGUGUGUGAGAAGGCGUUUGCAAAGUCAUCAAUUCUUAAAUCACACCAGAGAACACACACAGGAGAGAAACCUUUCAAGUGCACUCUGUGUGGGAAGGCAUUUUUAUAUUCAUCACAUCUUAAAAUACACCAGAGAACACACACGGAAGAGAAACCCUUCAGUUGCUCUCUGUGCGGGAAGUCUUUUGCACUGUCAGCACAACUUAAACUACACCAGAGAACACACACGGGAGAGAAACCUUUCAAGUGCACCGUGUGUGAGAAGGUAUUUGCAUGGGCAUCAGGUCUUCAGAUCCACCAGAGAGCACACACAGGAGAGAAACCCUUCAAGUGCACUGUGUGUGAGAAGGCAUUUUUAGAUUCAUCACGUCUUAAAUUACACCAGAGAACACACACGGGAGAGAAACCCUUCAGUUGCGCUCUGUGCGGGAAGCCCUUUGCACUGUCAGCACAACUUAAACUACACCAGAGAACACACACGGGAGAGAAACCUUUCAAGUGCACCGUGUGUGAGAAGGUAUUUGCAUGGGCAUCGGGUCUUCAGAUCCACCAGAGAGCACACACAGGAGAGAAACCCUUCAAGUGCAGUGUGUGUAAGAAGGCAUUUUCACAGUCAUCAAAUCUUAAAAUACACGAGAGAACGCACACAGGAGAGAAACCAGACAAGUGCAGUGUGUGUGGGAAGGCAUUUUCAAGUUCAUUUUAUCUUAAAAUACACCAGAGAACACACACGGGAGAUCAACUCCUCAAGUGCACUCCGUGUGGAAAGACGUUUCCACAGUCACCACAGCUUCAGAGACACCAGCUAACACACAGGCAUCAGAAGACCUCCAAGGAGCGGAGUCUGAAAUCGACUUGUGAAAGUGCUGCAAUGAGUCCAUCCCUCCUGAAUGAAGAACCAGAAGUGAAUUCCAGCUUGGACAUUGUGAAAUGUAUCAAGGUGGAUUUUGAAGAGGUGAAAUGUGAAGAAGUGAUGGUGAAGAGCGAAGAUGUGAAGGUAAAAUGUGAAUAUGAAGACUCAACUCUAAAAUGGGACCUUCACAUCGAUGGAGGCAACGUGAAGCAGGAGGAGAAUUCUGACUGUGAGGCAGAGCGAGGGAACUCUCAGGAGUUUGUGGAAGUGGAGGUGUGGGUGGACUUCUUAGACAAUACAAAGUCAAAUGCAGACCCGGUAGAUGUGUAAGCUUGAGACAAUGAAGCUCCAAUAAAUGCACCUUUGUCACAGACUAAAAGAACACCAAAGAAAGUACUGUCUGUGAAAAUACAUUUGCACGGUCAUCAGUUCUUCAGAUCCACCAGAGAACACACGGAGAAACCCUUCAUGUGCAGUGUGUGUGGGAAGGAAUUUUCAGGUUCACCUGCUCUUAAAAAUCACCAGAGAACACAGGUGUAAUGAUUGUGGUGUCGCUGCUGUGUACAGACGCACACGUGUGACGUCACUGCGUUACUAUCACGUGGGUCUACACACACACAUGACGUCAUCCCGGCUGGAGGUGGGAAUGACGUCAGGGCCGGUGCUGGACACGUGACCGAAUCCGAGGGGGCUUCGAGAGGGUGCUCGAAGGGUGGCGUGGCCGGGGUGAGGCCGGGCACGCCGAGGCCCAUAUAAGCAGCCUCCUCAGGGGGUUCGAGGCUGCCCGUGCUGAGAAUGAAGACGCCUCGUGAAGAUGCCAAGAAGAGAAGGCCUACAGUGAGCGGACCGCCAGCAGCCACCUGGCUGGGUCACACUAGAGUAGCUAAGAGAGAGAAGUGUGUGUUAGCUAGGGUAGGUCGGUGGUCACACCCUAUGUGUAAAGUAAGAGUAACUGUUGAGUCAUUGUUGUGUUCAUUAAGAAAUGAGUGUUGUCUCCCAAGAAGUGUGUGUGCCUAAUAUGAACCCAUUACACAGGCAUCAGAAGAUCCCCAAGGAGCAGAGGCUUGUGAAAGUCAAAAUUGCUGCCAGGCGCCCAUCCUUAAUGAUAAGAACUACAAGAAAAUCCCACCUUGGACACUUUAAAAUGUAUCAAGGUGAAAUUUGAAGAGGCGUAGGUGAAAUGUGAAGAUGCGGCAGUGAAGAGCGACGAAGUGACGGUAAAAUGUGAAAAUGAAGAUUCAACUACAAAAUCGGACCUUCACACCGAUGGAGGCAACAAGUAGCAGGAGGAGAAUUCUGACUGUGAGGCAGAGAGAGGCAACUCCCAGUAGUUUGUGGGAGUGGAGGUGUGGCUGGACUUCUUAAACAAUACAAAGUCAAAUGGAGACCCGGUAGAUGUGUAAGCUUGAGACAAUGAAGCUCCAAUAGAUUCACCUUUGUCACAUGCCUUUAAUUAAAAUAACGUGAAGUUGCACACUCAAUUCCUAGGUUCAACCUGCAGAGCAAGAGCAGCCAGUAUUUGUGGACAUAUGGGUUGGGUAGAUCUCUAACCAGGAGUAAGAGCCAAUAAGCGUCCAAGCAUUCACUAUAUUAUGAUAAUAUUUGCAUUCAUGUGGAGCUUAAUUGCCCCUAAUAAGAACGCGUUAAUUUCAAUGUUUGGUGAAACCCGCCACUACGCGAUUUGUUCUCCAACACACCGGUGUGCUGUACUAGUGUAGUGUAAUAACGCCGAUUGUUGUCCAGCAACGGCAACUGCGGUGGACAAAUAAUACACACGCCAGUGAGCAUAUACACGGGUUAGUCGGCAGGGCAGAAAAACUGGGGCAAGGGUCAUGGAAGACCCCAUCUGGAAGCUCCUGGAACCUGCUAGUGGUUUCGAGAAGGGAGGCGCGGCCAGGGCAGAGCUAGGCCACACUGGGUAGCAUAAAAGCAGCUGAGAGUGGGAUCUCAGGGCUGUCAGUUUUGGGAGUGGGCUCAUCUCGUCGUGGCUGUCAUCUUCGCCGCCUUCGUCAAUACCGUCUUGGCAAGAUAUUGCACGGCCAGAUAGUUGUUGGUUGUCUCGGUCAGCACCAUUGGUGUUACAUGGUCAGGGUUGUGUUUAUAAGGUUGCCCGGGAAAUUCAGGGCCACGAGGCCCGCCAGCAUUGGCCCAAAGUGGAGGCUUGGCCGUGGCGGGAGGAGGACAUGGUGGCUGUGGUGUGCGGCCUGGGGACGCACGGGAGAAGGCCCCCGCGGGUGGGUUGGUAACCGGCGAAGCCCCCUCCGCCUUGGGGUCCCACGGCCAAGUGUUUCAGGUGUGGUCAGCCGAGCCACAUCGCCAUAGAAUGCCGAGGUGUCAGUAGGGUGCCGGCAACGCCACCGUAGCACUUCCGACCUGCCGGCAACAUUUUCCCAAGCUGCACCGGAUCCGAGUCUCUGAUGCUUUCCGUGACUGCCGUGUGCAAAGUGUCAGGGGCUGGAUCUGAUUAGAUGCUACUGCGGAUUUCAGGGACGGGCCAUGCCCUUAGGCCAUUGUUUUUUUGUUCCCAUUCCUCGGAAUCCCAAGGAAUGCAAAACCCUGCCAAGGUGGGGGUGACCAGUGUCGAGGACCGGCUCACGUGAGCUAUGUUCUGGUAAAGGCGGACUCUCCCUUGUAAGGUGGGAUUCGGGGGGGUGGUGUAUAUUGUUUGGCUUGUGUUAUCGGUUCUCGUGGGGGGGGGGGGGGGGUGGUGUCACCGUUAUGCUGUCCCUGAUGGGGUUCUUGCCCAUGCCGCAGUUGCGCUGCUUGUUGGCGGUUUGUGGGGGGGUGCCGCGGGUUGUUCUUUUUGUUGGCGGUCCGCGGGGGGCGCCGGAGUUGCGCUACGUGGUUAUGGUUCGCGGGAGAUGCUGCGGUUGUGCUGUAUGGUCGCGGGAAGUAUUGCAACCAAGGUUUUCUUUUUUGGGGUAAAUUGUUUUUUCGUGUUGGUGGUGUUUCUCGGUGUUGGGGUUGCUCUUCCUGUCCACCGGUUGCAGUUGCAACGGCAACUGCGGUGGACAAACAGUGCACACGACGGUGAGCACAUACACGAGUGUGUCGGCAGGGCGGAAGAACUGGGGCAAGGGUCAUGGAAGACCCUAUCUGGAAGCCCCUGGAACCUGCUAGAGGGUUCGAGAAGAAAGGCGCGACCAGGGCGGAGCCAGGCCGCGCUGGGUAGAAAUAAAGCAGCUGACAGUGGGAGCUCACCGCUGCCGGUUCUGGGAGUGGGCUCGUAUCGUCGUUGCUGUCAUCUUCGCUAGAUAUUGCACGGCUGGAUAGUUGUUGGCUGUCUCGGUCAGCACCAUCGGUGUUACACGGUCAGGGUUGUGUUUAGGCUCGGCUAGACGACUAGAGAGAGCGCAUUUAUAUUUUUGCAAUCUAACCCAAAAAAAAUCUUAUGGAUGAUAUUGGUCGCGAAAGCCUACGCGUUAAACUUGCUUAAUUGCCUCAGCAAUUCGGAGUUUUGUAUCAUAUUUCAUCACAAACACUCGAAGAGCACCCCUAAGUGGCAGCUGUCUCUGUGUGGAAUAAGGUGGCCCAGCACCAGCCUGCAUGUGGACAUGAGUCUGUCAGUCAGGGGCGAUAAUUGAUGUGUAAUCUCAGUUUUGCAAUUUCUGGAUAAUAUUUGGAAUUUCCCAAAUUAUGACAGUGACACCAACAUGCAAAGACCUAUGUGUUUUGAAUGACACGAUAGUAUGUUUUACAUCCACUCUUUAAGCAGACGGUGCAUAUUUUGGUUGAUGUUACUGGAGUAGCCAGGGGUGCCUGUCGGAUUUGAACCUUGAACCUCUGCAAUAAAUCGAGAAUGCGCUACCAGUUGGCUUCCCUCAAUCUGAGUGUAGGUAUGCCAGCCAGUGUUUCUAACCAGCGCAGAUGUUCCAUUUAGAAGGGUGCACGUUUCACAUUCCUAUAGAUUGGAGGGCAUGACUGUUGCCGAGAAGACCCGGAGCUUCAUGCAGAGCGACAGGCCAGGUAGCUUCCACACAGCAUUGCAGAGCUGAUGAAAAGAUAAUGCUGCCCGACUGAUUCGGACCACCCAAACACUGUACACAUACGCAGUGUAGACGUAUUGUGUACACACAAUGUAUAUACAGCUUACACACAGUCUGCACAUACACUGUAUACACAAACACACUAACAAAAACAAUGACUGCCAUUCGCCAAUACGUGGUGGUGAAGUCACCAUGGCGCUUGUGCCAGGCUAUGUGCACGUUAAGGCCACGUGAAGUGUCGAACUCCCGCCGGCAGGAGGUCACAGGGCAGACUCAGGUGCCAUGGUUCAACUGAGAUGAUUGGCCGAUGCACCACCUGUGCCCCCUACUGUGCCAACUGUACACACACACGGUGUGCGCGCGCGCACCCCGUGUGUGUGUACACAGUUUGUAUACAGGGGCCGUCCAUAAAUGACGUCACGCGAUUUUGGACGAUUUUGACCCCCCCCCCCUUCGUCACACGACGUCACAAAAAGUCAGACCCCCCCCCUCAAAUAUGACGUAACAAAGCUCUACCCACCCU